CACGACUACUCACGACUCCACCCAGAGCGAACUAUGGGUGUCCCAGCGCUUUUCCGCUGGCUCAGCAAAAAGUACCCUAAAAUCAUCUAUCCCGUUGUCGAAGAGGAGGAAAUUGAAGUUCCCGGCGAGGAUGGCGCUAUCACCAGCAUACCCGUUAAUAUGUCUAUGAACAACCCAAACGGAAAGGAAUUCGAUAACUUAUAUCUCGACAUGAACGGUAUUGUCCACCCUUGUACACACCCGGAAGGGAGACCGGCUCCCGAAACUGAACAAGAGAUGAUGAUUGAAAUUUUCAAGUACACUGAGCGUGUUGUCAAUAUGGUUCGGCCUCGGAAACUGCUUUUCAUGGCCAUUGACGGUGUCGCUCCUCGAGCCAAAAUGAACCAACAACGCUCGCGUCGUUUCCGAGCUGCCCAAGAUGCAAAAGACAAGGAGAUUGCGCGCCAGGAGUCCAUUCUGCUGUGGAAAGAAAUGGGCAAGGAAAUAACCGACUUCAACGAAAAGCAAGGCUGGGAUACCAAUGCUAUCACGCCUGGCACACCGUUCAUGGACCUUUUGGCUGCCUCUUUGCGCUAUUGGGUGGUUCAUAAACUGAAUACAGACCCAGGUUGGAAAAAUAUUCAAGUUUUAAUUUCCGACGCAGGAGUACCUGGAGAAGGAGAACACAAAAUCAUGGACUUCAUCCGACGGCAACGCAUCAAUCCUGACUACAACCCCAACACAAAGCACGUUAUAUAUGGACUGGAUGCGGAUCUUAUCAUGCUCGGCAUAGCCACCCACGAGCCGAACUUUUGGGUGUUGCGUGAGGACGUAUUCGCGGACGCUAACAGCACGGCCUGUCGCAAAUGUGGGCAAGAGGGACACUAUGCAGCGAACUGUACUGCCCCUGAGCCCGUAGAGCAAAUAAAGAAGACCCCCGACGCAAAAAAACCAUUUAUUUUCCUCGACAUUGCUAUUCUGCGAGAGUAUCUUGAAGUUGAACUGGACGUCCCAGAAAUCUAUUUCCCUUUUAACUUCGAACAAGCUGUUGAUGAUUGGGUCUUACUCAUAUUCUUUGUCGGCAACGACUUCCUCCCCCAUCUCCCUUCUCUUGAGAUUCGUGAAGGCGCCAUUGACACGCUUUUGAGGAUUUGGAAGCAAGAACUUCCUAGAAUGGGCGGCUAUAUCACCAACCAUGGGCAUAUGGUUUUGGAUCGCGCGCAAAUCAUUCUCGAAGGACUUGCUCAAAGGGAAGAUGACAUCUUCCGGCGGAGGCGUGAAACCGAGACUCGUCAAGACGAAAAUGCAAAGCGACGUAAGUUGGAAGCAGAUAGUCGAAAGAGAAUCAAGCCAUCAUCUUCAUUGUCCCUCACUGCUCUACCCACUGCCCCUACUCCUGUUCAUCAUCCUCUGCCUGCUCGCCCUAAUUUUGCUGCGAAUGCCGAUACGAUGGGCUUUGGUGCCCCGGCCACAACUCAGACUGUCGCCCAAAAUGCUCCUAUUGCUGCCCAAGCCCUUGCGGGGUCUAACCAUGAUGUUGUCGCCAAUCGUCGUGCCAUUCGAAUGGCUAAUAUGAGUGCUGCUGAGAUGCUUAAGGCCGAGCUCGCUGGAGCAGUGCCUGUCAAGCCUAAUCUGUCUCUGCCUCCAAAACCUGUCACAGAUCUCAGUCCCAUUCCCAUUCCUAUUCCCAUUCCUAUCCCCCCACCUCCUUCCACAACUGAGCCCGAAGAUGAAGGGGUUCCCGGCCUUGGGACUGUUCGCUCUCCAACAACAGUCGAGACUCAUGUCGCCACUGAGUCAACCAUGACCGAAAUGAUAGAUGAGCCGAGCUUGGACAAUAACUUGGCCGAUAGCGAUGUACCCAUGAAUGGCGACGCCUCCCCUAAUAGUGGGCCAAAACGCAAACUAGCUGAUGUCGAGCAAGAAGAAGAGACUGUAGAGGACACUUUUGCUGCUGAAGAUGACGACGGUGACGUCCCUGCCAAUACGUCCGUCAAACUGAAAGUCAAUGCGGAUGGCACUGUCGAUCAAGAAGACACCGUCAAACUUUGGGAACCAGGUUACCGUGAAAGAUAUUAUGCCCAAAAAUUCCCAGAUGACGUUGGGGAUCCCAAUCUAAAGACAAGGAUUACGAAAGCUUACAUCGAGGGACUGUGCUGGGUGCUCCACUAUUAUUAUCAGGGCACUCCGUCCUGGCAAUGGUUUUAUCCCUAUCAUUUUGCCCCAUUCGCGGCCGAUUUCGUCGAUGUCAAAGAUAUGGGAAUUAGCUUCAACAUCGGUCGUCCCUUCAAGCCUUUCGAGCAGCUUAUGGGCGUCUUCCCUGCUGCCAGUCGUAAACAAAUACCCGCUGUUUUCCAUGAGUUGAUGACCAACCCACUUUCGCCGCUGAGGGGAGGCUCAAACAAGGAAAACGUUCCAUCUGUCGAUUUCUACCCCGAGGAGUUUCAGAUCGAUAUGAAUGGCAAGAGGAUGGCGUGGCAAGGUGUUGCGCUAUUGCCAUUCAUUGACGAGGGUGCUCUCCUGGAGAACAUGGCAAAACCUUUCGAUUUUCUGGCGGAAGAAGAUCGUCCGGCUCUCCAUUUGCCUCCAGAUAUGCCUGCGCCUGGUGCUCAUGACCCGCCGUAUUCCAUUUAUCUGACUCCCGAGGAGCGAAAGCGCAACACAUGGGGAAAUAACGUGAUAUUUGCGUCCAACGACCACCCCGUCUACCCUUUCUACGAGCAGCUUUAUGGGAAGCGCAAGAAACAGGACCCCUUACCACUCGACACGAAGCUCAGCUAUGGUAUGAGCGGCAGUGUCGCUCCCAAUCCUGACUGUAUACCUGGCUCGACAUACCCCUCUUCUUUGUCGGAGUUGAUGCCAGAUGUGAAGAAUGACCAAUCGCUAUCGGUGUACUAUUUUUUCCCGAAACAACACACACCACAUCGUUCUAUGCUGCUCCCCCGCGCUCGUGCACCGCCUCGUACGUUGAAUGCAGGAGACUUGGAAACAAAUAACCAUCCAUACCAACAGUCCCAACCGAACUACCCCCCGAGACCAGCACCACAGUACGGUCAACCACCCCAGAAUAAUUACCGUGGUUAUGGUGGGCCACCGCCCCCUCAACAAAACUACAAUUCAUAUGGCAAUGGCUACGGCGGAGGUGGCUAUGGCGGUCCUCCCAGCAGCUAUGGUAGCAACUACGGCGGGUAUGGCUCGAAUUAUCAACAGCCUCCCCCACCACCGCCCGGUAAUUAUGGAGGGUAUGGUGGAUACGGCUUAGGUCAGCCUCCUCCUGCCAAUUACAACCAACCGCGGGGAGGGUAUAAUAAUAGUUCUCGAGGGCGUGGCCGUGGAUGGUGA